UCGCCGCGAAGUGCCACAGCUCGAGCGGUUCGCAUAUCUCGUGGAGUGUCAUCUCCCAGUUCGACAUCUAUUUUAUCAAUAUAUACAAAGUGAAAAGUAUUUUUUCAAAAUUGUUUAACGCAGAAAACAAAUUUCCAAAACAUGGUCUACCCGAAGGACGCAUCGGACGCACACAACGAGGAGCUCGCACUGGACACGAGCAUCGCACAUGCAAAUGGCAACUCUGGCGCGGCCGUUGUUGCCGCCAGCAGCGCAAAUGGUGACAGCAAGCCGAAUCAGCGACAGUAUGAGCCACGAGAGCGGUUUAUUAUAACCAAAAAUGUUGUUGUCAUUGGUCUGGCAUUCAUGAUACACUUCACGGCCUUUCACGGCACAUCGAAUCUCCAGAGCUCAGUGAAUGCGGACAAGGCGCUGGGCACUACAACGCUUGCCGUCAUCUAUGGCUCGCUCAUAUUGUCCAACAUAUUUUUACCCAUGACGGUGAUUAGUUGGUUUGGCUGCCGGCUGACCAUGGCCCUGGCCCUGUUCGCCUACAUGCCGUAUAUAGCCGCCCAGUUCUAUCCGCGCUUCGAAACGCUCAUCCCGGCCGCCCUGAUGGUAGGCUUUGGCGGUGGUCCGCUGUGGUGCUCCAAGUGCACAUAUCUGUCCACCGUCUCCGAGGCGCUGACGCAGGUGCGCGGCAGCAACUCUCGCAAGGAUGUAAACACGGUUAAGUUCUUUGGCCUGUUCUUCAUCUUCUACCAAAUGGCCCAGGUCUGGGGCAAUCUCAUAUCCUCCUCGGUGCUUACACUCAGCGCUGGUGCAGCGACAACGUCGGCAAACGAGAGCCUGGAACUGGAGCCACUGGAGGCGAGCAUCAGUCGCGUGGGCGAGCUGUGCGGCGCCCGCUUCUGCCCCGGCAUUGGUGCCGAGGUGAAUCCUAAUUUGGUGCCACCUGCGCCCGAACAAAUUCAACUGCUCAACUCCAUAUUCCUCACGUGCAUGGCCGGCGCUGUGGUCAUGAUGAUCUUUGGCGUUAGCUCGUUGAAGCGCUAUGGCGUUAAGCGCGGCGACACUGGCGAUGGCAUCUCUGGCCUGCGGCUGUUGACGGUGACAAUCAAUCUGCUGCGCAAACGCCGCCAGAUACUCAUGCUGCCCAUUACCAUGUUCAUUGGCCUGGAAGAGGCCUUUCUGGCCGUGGACUUUACACGGUCGUUUGUUGCCUGUGGUUGGGGCAUUUCCAAAAUUGGAUUUGCCAUGAUAUGCUUUGGCAUUGCCAAUGCAAUUGCCGCUGGCAUUGCCGGCGCCUUGGUGGAGCGCAUCGGACGUGUCACACUGGCAGCCAUCUGUGCGGUGCUCAAUCUCUGCCUGCUGGCCUACAUGUACAGCUGGGAGGCGCGCGAGGGUGAUUAUCUGACCUACUGCGCCUUUGCGGCCAUUUGGGGUAUCUGCGAUGGCGUCUGGCUGGUUGUUGUCAAUGCGUUUUAUGGCAUUCUGUUUCCGAACCACCUGAUUGCCGCGUAUAGCAACUUUCGUUUAUGGGAGAGCACCGGUUCGGUAAUUGGCUACGUCAUCAGCUCGCAGUUGUGCACGUCCACCAAACUGAUAAUCCUAAUGUGUGCCAUGCUUGUGGGCUGCGUGGGUUAUGGUCUGAUAGAGUAUCGGGUGUGGCAAAAACAAAAGAACUUGGAAGCCAUGUUAAGCGAUUGAUCCACUCUGCCAUUCUAAUCUUAAUUGAUGUGAUAUUGCCAGACUACACUAAGAGCAAUUAGGAACAAUGUAAUUAGUAUUAAACAACUAUUUUUUAAGUUUUUACUUCAAUGUUUUUUAU